AUGCAACAACACCGAGGAAGUAUUAAUAACUAUAUGUCUCUUAACAGCCGUAAUAACAGUAAUGCAAAUAAUAUGGGAAAUUACGGUGGACAAGGUGUAAAACGAAUGCGUGGUGAUGAUGCUCGUGGUGAUAAUAUGAAUGCUGCUCAUCGUAUGAAAUGGGAUACACUUGAUGAGGAUAACAAUAUGAAAUUUUUAGAAAGAAAUGAUAUUGAUCAACGAUCCGAAACUCAUGGUCAAUUUACAAAUACAACAUUGAACGAAACAACUGUACUUUGUUUUACAAUUCAAAAUGCUAAAUAUCCAAUAACACUUGAUGUUAUUCGAAAGAUUUGUUCAGUUACCGGACAAGUAUUACGUAUUUGUAUUUUACGUAAACGUAUUGUUCAAGCUCUAAUUGAAUUUGAUUCUAUUGAGACGGCAAGAAAAAUUAAAGAUGAACUCGAUGGUGCAGACAUAUAUUCUGGUUGUUGUACACUCAAAAUUGAAUUUGCCAAUCUGAAACAUCUUGUUGUACGUGGUAAUGAUCAAGACAAUCUUGAUUUAACAGUCGAUGAAAACAGAUAUACUCGUCGAAAAACUUUAUUAUCAUCUCCACCACGAGUUGAACGUUUUGCACCACCUAUGCUUGGUAAUGAACCAUUUUCGUCAAAUGCAAGAUUUGCACCAACGUUACAAACUGAUUUGGAUCGAUAUUUAAAUCAACGAACAUCAUCAUUUGCACCAUCGCAUGAUCGACCAUCAUCACGUGAUAAUCCCGGAGGUUUUGAACAACAAAUAUUUAAUAAUAAUCCGCAUUUCAUUGCUCAACAAUUGGAUUCUAUUGAUCAUCAACAACGUUUACUUUCAUAUCAAGUUGGAUCGAAUCGUUUCCAUGAAGCAUCUUCACCACCGCCUCCAUCAUCAGUUACAGCUGAUUCUUAUGUGUUCAAUGUUGAAGGCCUUUCUUCACCUAGUUGGAAUUGUGAAAGAUUAUUUAAUUUACUUUGUCUCUAUGGCAAUGUUACACGUGUUAAAUUUUUAAAAUCGAAAGAAGGCGGUGCCAUGGUACAAAUGAAUCAUUGUGAAAAUCUUCGACAACAUUUAAAAAGUCUUAAUUCAACAUUUAUUUUCGGUCAAACAUUUAUUAUUGUUCCUUCGCGUCAAAUUGAAAUUCAACCAAUGACUCGACCAUUUCCGUUAGAAAAUGGUGAACCAUCCUAUAUGGAAUUUGAUAAUAAUCGUAAUAAUCGAUAUUUAACAAGUGAUCAAGCAAUUAAAAAUCGUCCUGUUGCACCAUCACAUGUUUUAUAUUAUUUUAAUACACCACCUAAUAUGAUAGAAGUUGAUAUUGUACGAUUUUUUGAAGAUGUUGGUGCAAAACGACCAGUUAAAGUGAAAAAUUUUCCGCCAAGAAAGGAAUCACAUCACGAACGUAAUCGUCGAGGAAAUAGUCAACCAAAAGGUGUUACUGGUCUUGCUGAAUUUCGAACAAUUACGGAUGCUUGUGAGUGUUUGAUUUUGGCAAAUAAUUAUCCAAUACCUCAUCAAUCAUCCAAUUGGCCUUUCUUUUUCAAACUAACAUUUUCUGCAACACCAAUAACCGAUGAGGAUGCACAUCUGGGAGAAGAAAUGGAUACCAGUGUAGCAACAGUAACCAUUGAAAGCGGCCGCCGACAUCAUCGUCAAAAAUCUCCUGAUGAUGAUAAUCGAAAUGGAAGCUCUAGUGAACACCGUCGACGUCGUCAUAGUAGUCCGUCAACAUAA